ACGAGGGGCAGGACGGUGUUACUGCGCGCUCUGCGUUCCUAUUGGUCGCCUGGUUUGGUGAUUGGCACGCGCCGGUCCUGCCCCUUUCAGGCCCCGGUUAUUGGCGCUUUAACCGGUGUCGGUCGCUGUCUCUCGGUGUCCGCGUGCGCAGGUCGAACGUGAGCGCUUCUCGGAUUCUUUCAGUCUCGCGCGCGUUGUGGUAGAUGUCCCGUGACAGUGAAUGAAAACAAAACAAAAAAAAAACAAAAAUCACCGACUCAGAUUUUUAGGUGCACAAGUGGAUGCUCUCCGGGUUACGUUUUCUUUUUCUAUUUUUUUUUAAAGAAUGGCCGAGAAACGUCGGUCUCCGUGCACCAUGAGCCUGAAGGCGCACGCUUUCUCGGUGGAGGCGCUGAUCGGCGCGGAGAAACGGAGGAAACUCGAAGACGAGGAGAGCGAGGGCUGCUUCGGGGAGCUGAACGAGGUCGCGAGCCUGGCCGGGAGCGCGUGCGGCGCCGGGCGGAUCUGUGACACGGACUGUGACGCAUCCCCGGAGUGUGAAGACGCGGGCUCGGACAGCCCUCGGCCGGCGUCACGGAGCUCGCAGCUGCUCGCGUCACCGCCGCCGCCGACGGGAGCGCGCGGAGCAGAGGAGGCGCGCGUGGAGCUGCAGGGUUCGGACCUGUGGAAACGCUUCCACGACAUCGGCACUGAGAUGAUCAUCACCAAAGCAGGCAGGCGAAUGUUCCCUGCAAUGAGAGUGAAAAUUACAGGACUGGACCCUCACCAGCAAUAUUACAUCGCAAUGGACAUCAUCCCCGUGGACAAUAAACGUUACAGAUACGUGUACCACAGUUCCAAGUGGAUGGUGGCAGGGAAUGCGGAUUCGCCCGUACCGCCACGUGUGUACAUCCACCCGGACUCUCCUGCUUCUGGUGAGACGUGGAUGCGCCAGGUCAUCAGCUUCGACAAACUCAAACUAACCAAUAACGAGCUGGACGACCAGGGCCAUAUCAUUCUACACUCCAUGCACAAGUACCAGCCGCGCGUCCACGUCAUCCGUAAAGAGUGCGGCGACGAGCUCUCGCCUGUCAAAGCGGUGCCGAGCGGCGACGGAGUGAAGGCCUUCUCCUUCCCUGAGACGGUGUUCACUACGGUCACCGCCUACCAAAACCAACAGAUCACAAGACUGAAAAUAGACAGAAAUCCAUUUGCAAAAGGAUUCCGAGACUCGGGGCGAAACAGGAUGGGUCUGGAGGCUCUUGUGGAGUCGUAUGCUUUCUGGAGGCCUUCACUCCGAACGCUGACGUUUGAGGAUAUACCGGGAAUGACAAAGCAAGGUGCGACAGGUUCUCACGGAGUGGUCGGCUCUUCAGCACAUACCCACUUACUCUCGGCAUCGUCGUGCUCCUCCCCAUUUCACCUGGCCACGGGGACGGGGCCUGUGUGCGACUACUCAGCCUGCAGUCGAACCGGCCAUGCUCUGCAUCGAUUUGCCACGCCCCUCACGGCAGACUCGUACAGCCGAUUGGCCAGCCCUGCAGCCGACGCAUUUUCCUCGCCAAGAAACCCUGCCUAUGUGGGCGGCUCAGACGGAGAGGCGUUUUCCUGCACACAGACUGGCCUUCCAAUCCAGAUCCCUGGAAUGCCUGGUCACACCCCCCAGCUCCAAUAUUUCAUGCCAAGCUCCGCCCACAAUGCCUUUUCCACCAAUCAGAGCGCAUCGAGCUCAUACAACGGCUUCCGUCUCCACAGUCCGUACAGCCUUUACGGAUACAACUUCUCCACUUCGCCACGAUUGGCUGCUAGUCCGGAAAAGAUGGCUGCCACACAGAGCUCGGUGCUGGGUUCGUCCCCGAGCGGUACUUUAACAGACAGGCAAGUUCUGUCCUCUGUGGAUGGUCUGCACAUGCUCAGUGGGAGUCAACAAUCUCUCUUUGACUCACGGACAUUAGGGCUGACAAGUUCCACUUCUCAGGUCACUGCCCACAUGGCUUGAACUAUGAACUUUGACCUCCACACUAUGACAUGGACACAGACAGGUGGCCAAAACAGACUCUCAAAGCUUCCUUUAUUGGACAGUCAUAUGAGAUUGUUGACAAAGGCUAAGAAAUGAUGAAACUUCCAGCGCUGAGGAAGUAUUUUAUGGAUCGAGAUGGAGGAAAGCAUCUAUUAUUUGUAGCCUUAUAGUUAUCUGGAGGUUACAGCCAGACUCUAAGUGUUACAGUGAAGGUUUAAGUCAAAUCUCCUACUGGCUUCUGGAUACAGUAGACAUCCUAGGGCCUGAUGGCCAAGAAAUUGGACUGUGGUUGAAAUAAAUUUUUGCCAUCAACUAGGAAAGAGCUGAACACAGACCAAGCAAGAUUGGACACCACGUAUGCCUUAAAAGUAUGUUCAAAGUUUGGAGAGCAUUUCACAUUAAAAGCUUUGGAGUGCCCCCUCUUUCUCUCUCUUUGCCACACACACUUCGAUUCUAGAAUCUGACUUCUCCGUACUGUCAGUACAGCGAACGGUGCCUAUUUUUCAUAGGUUUCCGAGAGACACUCCUGGUAUGAGCUGACCCAGAAUCCAAAAUAGCUUCUUACCAACUGAUCAACUCGGAGCCUGCGAGACCAGAAGGAGGCGGUAGCAAAAACUGGGCUUCUAGUUAGGAAAGAAAUAAAAACGUGUAGUCCCACUGGACCCGAGCUUUGGCUGCAAGUGGAUUCGGUGUUAUACUUUUGUUGGUAUUAGGCAGAGUUUGCAAGCAAGAAAUCAGCAGUAGUCAGUAUAGGGUUUAGAAUUGGAUGCCCAGAUUUUGCAACUCCGCUGCGUAUGGCCUGAAUGGCUUCCAGCUAGCAUCAUAGUUUAUGAGGCAUCAACUGAAAUUGGAAAGGUAAAGCAACAGUGAGUAAAAAAUUGCUCUAGCCCAUACUGACUAAGUUACAAUGUGGAAAUUUGAUCUAAACUUCUCUACUGAGGUGAUUUAGAAAUGUAGGCCAUGGCAUUGUAUCUUCUUCUUCUUUCAUCCGUCUCCAUACCCCCUGUCCUCUACAUCUGCCUCUUUCAAACCAACUACCUGCAUGUCUUCCCUCAACACAUCUAUAAA